AUGGAGUCGCUGGCGCGCGGGGCGCUGCGGUUCUCGCGGCGCUUCUCCCUGAAGGAGCUGCGCGCGCGGUGGCGCGCCGUGCUGUACCACCCGCUGGAGAGCCCCCUGGCGGCUGCGCGCAUCGCCCAGGCGGAGAUGGCGGACGCCGCCACGGCCAUGGGGAGGGGCGCGGGGGAGGGCGACGGGGGGAGAGGAGGGGGAAGAGCGGGAGAGGGGGCGGGGAGAGAGGAAGGGGAGGAGGGGGGAGAGGGGAGGUUGAUUGGAGGUGAGGCUGUGUUUCCUGGUGCUGCUGCUGGUGCUGGUGGUGCUGCUGGUGCUGGGGGGUUGGAUGAUCGAGCUGGGGGUGGUGCUGGUACCCCUGCUUCCCGCUCCCUACACUCGCAAGACGGCAAUGCAGCAGGCUUGAAUGCAAACAGCCGCCAUGUGCCUGCUGCUGGCGGUGGUAGUGGUAACAGGGCGGAAGGAGCAGCGCGAGAGAGCAGGGGGGCGGGCGAGGGGCGCCGAAGUAUGAGGAGGAGGCCAAGAGUGGUGCGUGCUGCUUAUUACAGAAAUAAGAGGAGGCGAGAGGGAGAGGGGGCGAAGGGCGGUUGUGGGGGAGAUGGUUUGCGUGGGUUGAGAGCAGGACGAGCUGUUGGGGAAGGGGUGGGGGGUAGAGAUGGUAGAAUGGGGAGACAGGAGGGAGGGAAGGGAGCGGGCGGAGGAGGAGGAGGUGGUGGGGAUGGGAGGGGGAGAGAGAGAGGGGGUUGCGAGGAUGAGGAGGGCUGUGCUGGCGAGGAAUCAGGAGUGGAGGGGAUGAGGCGUGAGAGUAGGAAACGGCAGAGAGAGGAGGGUGGUGGAGGAAAAGGUGCCGAUGCAGCGGCAGAUGAUGCAGGGAGAGAGGAAGGGGACGCAGGGAAUGGGGAGGAGAAAGGGAGGGGGGUGGUUGGGAGUGGAGAGGAGGAGGCUAGUUUUGACCGCAUGCUGUGUGUGCUGGCGAGUGGAGGUGUGAGUGCGCUAGUGGGUGAACUGCAGGGCGGUCAAGAGGGGGCGCCGUUGCAUGGGGGGGAGGAGAGGGACAUGUCACAGGAGGGAGGAGGAGGAGGAGGAGGAGGAGGAGGAGGAGUUGGUGGAGGAGGAGAAAUGAGGAGGGGUGUUGGUUGUGGGGAUGAGCAGAAAGGCAGAAGGGUGAGGGAAGAGGGGGGGCCGGGGGAAGUGGAGGAGGAGGAGGAGGCAGAGAGUGACACGGACUCACUGCACUUCUCAGAUGCAGAGGAGAUGCGCCACGCAGUGCUGCCUCUGGAGCGGUGCAGUGCGGCGGCCAUGCGCAGGCAGCUCACACGCAGAGGCGCUCUCGCUCUGCUCUACGGCCGCCGCACCCGCUUCCCCAUGUUCAAGCCCCAGGUGUCAAUCGGUCGGCGCACGGAGGACAAUGACGUGGACAUUGAUCUGUCGGAGGAGGGCCGCGCCAACAAGGUCUCACGCCUGCAGGCGGUGAUAGAGCUGAGGGCGGAUGGGUGUUUCUACCUGAGCAACGAGGGGCGCAGGGAUGUGACGGUCAACAAGGUGCCUGUGGAGCCAGGCCAGCAGGCCAUCCUCGCUAACAGCUGCCUCAUUGAGGAAGCAUCGGCCUAUGCCAGCCAUGUGUAUGGGUACGGCGGUGGGAGCUACGGCAUGGGAAGGCCUGUGGGAGGGGUGGGACCAUGCAGCAUGUAUGGCGGUCCCAUGCAUGGAAGCACCCUCUCAAGCACCAGCAUGCGCCCUUCCACCUCUGCCUCUACACCAUCACCACCAUCUGCUCCAUCUGCCCGGGCUGCUCUUCCUGGCAUGCACUCACACUCGCCCCAUAUGCACGGCUCGGCAUCUCCUGUGCCCUAUGCAAACCCUGGUUUCAUGCAACCGCACGGUUACCACCAUUCUGCUCCUUCCUCCCACGGCCCAUCUCACCCGCUCGCUACAGCUAGUCAGCCGUCCAAAGCUUCUCACCCUCCUCCCUCCGCUCAUCCUCCCCCCUCCUCUCAUCCUCCCCCCUCCUCUCAUCCUCCCCCCUCCUCUCAUCCUCCCCCCUCCUCUCAUCCUCCCCCCCCUCUCAUCCUCCUCCCUCCUCUCAUCCUCCCCCUCCUCUCAUCCUCCUCCCUCCUCUCAUCCUCGUUUCUCCUCUCAUCCUCCCCCCUCCUCUUAUCCUCCUCCCUCCUCUCACCCUCCUUCCUCCUCUCACCCUCCUUCCUCCUCUCACCCUCCUUCCUCCUCUCACCCUCCUUCCUCCUCUCACCCUCCUUCCUCCUCUUAUCCUCCUCAUUCGCCUCACCCUCCUUCCUCCUCACACCCUCCUCCCUCCUCUCACCCUCCUUCCUCCUCACACCCUCCUCCCUCCUCUCACCCUCCUUCCUCCACCUCCCAUGUCCGUUCCCCACCAAUGAAAUCUCACACAGACCCGACUUAUUCCGCAUCUAG